UAAUCCCCCCCUCUUCCUCUUCUCUACACUCGCUCUACCCUGCCCUCUCUUCUCAGCCGCAUCCUUUUCCCUUUUCUAAGAGAGUGAAAGCAAGAAAUUUCUUCUUCUCUUUCACUUACAAUGGCUUUGCUUGUAGAGAAAACAACAAGCGGUCGUGAGUACAAGGUCAAGGACAUGUCUCAGGCUGACUUCGGCCGUCUCGAAAUAGAACUGGCCGAAGUUGAAAUGCCUGGUUUGAUGUCCUGCCGUACUGAAUUCGGCCCUUCACAACCAUUCAAGGGAGCCAAGAUUACUGGUUCCCUUCACAUGACUAUCCAAACUGCUGUCUUGAUUGAAACUUUAACUGCCUUAGGUGCUGAGGUUCGUUGGUGUUCUUGCAAUAUUUUCUCCACUCAAGACCAUGCCGCUGCCGCUAUUGCCCGUGAUUCGGCUGCUGUUUUUGCAUGGAAAGGGGAGACCCUCCAGGAGUACUGGUGGUGUACUGAGAGAGCUCUUGACUGGGGCCCAGAUGGUGGUCCUGAUUUGAUUGUUGAUGAUGGCGGUGAUGCCACUCUCUUGAUCCAUGAAGGUGUGAAGGCUGAGGAGAUUUAUGAGAAGACCGGUGCUGUCCCAGAUCCAGCUUCGACUGAUAACGCUGAGUUCCAGAUUGUUUUGACAAUUAUUAGAGAUGGAUUGAAGUCUGAUCCUAAGAAGUAUCACAAGAUGAAGGAAAGAUUGGUUGGUGUUUCAGAAGAAACUACAACUGGUGUUAAGAGAUUGUAUCAAAUGCAGAUUAAUGGGACUUUACUUUUCCCUGCUAUUAAUGUCAACGACUCUGUCACCAAGAGCAAGUUCGACAACUUGUAUGGAUGCCGCCACUCUCUCCCUGAUGGUUUGAUGAGAGCUACUGAUGUCAUGAUUGCCGGCAAGGUUGCUGUUGUCUGUGGUUAUGGUGAUGUUGGCAAGGGCUGUGCUGCUGCCAUGAAGCAAGCUGGAGCUCGUGUGAUUGUGACCGAGAUUGAUCCCAUUUGCGCGCUUCAGGCUCUCAUGGAGGGUCUCCAGGUCCUGACCCUUGAAAAUGUUGUCUCCGAGGCUGAUAUCUUUGUCACCACCACUGGUAACAAGGACAUCAUCAUGGUUGACCACAUGAGGAAGAUGAAGAACAAUGCCAUUGUCUGCAACAUCGGUCACUUCGAUAAUGAAAUCGACAUGCUUGGACUUGAGACCUUCCCUGGCGUGAAGCGCAUCACCAUCAAGCCCCAAACUGAUAGGUGGGUCUUCCCUGACACCAAAUCCGGCAUCAUUGUCCUGGCUGAGGGACGUCUCAUGAACCUGGGAUGUGCCACCGGUCACCCCAGCUUUGUGAUGUCCUGCUCAUUCACCAACCAGGUGAUUGCCCAGCUUGAGCUGUGGAACGAGAGGAAAACCGGCAAGUACGAGAGGAAGGUCUAUGUCUUACCCAAGCACCUUGAUGAGAAGGUUGCCUCCCUUCACCUUGGCAAGCUAGGAGCUAGGCUUACCAAGCUCUCGAAGGACCAGGCUGACUACAUCAACGUGCCGGUCGAGGGUCCAUACAAGCCUGCUCAGUACAGGUAUUGAGAGAUGGAACUUGAGGAAAAACGUGAUUGGAAACGGCGCAAUUGUUUCUUUUGUAUUUUCAUGACGAUUUGUCCUAUAUUACUAGGCUUCAAUUUUUAUCCUAGGAUUUGUGUUGUGGUGGUGGGGAAGACAUGGGAGGAAAAGAAAUGAAACGGUCUAUCUUGAAGACCACAUGGGAUUAUGUAAUAAGGUUUUGGAUGGGGUUGUGUGGGAUAGUAUUUGUAGCUGUUGCCAUUUCAGUUUUCUUGCUGCAGCUUAUCUUAUUUUUAAUCAUGAAUAGAUUAAAAAAUAACCUUUUUGUUUCA